UAAAGAACUCACAUCUGAUCUAACUGACCUAACCAAUGGCAUCUUCAACAUCCAUUGGAGACUCACUUCUUCCUUCUCCCACCAACAAGUCUCGCUCCUUCUUCAAACCCUUCUUCAUUUUCCUCUCGUUGGCCACUCUGAUCUCCCUCGUCAUCUUCGCUCCUCACCAUCUAACCGUCCAUCUUCACCCGACCAACUUACAGCCGUCAGAUCUCUGCGUCCAUUCCCCAAACCCCACCAACUGCGCCGCCCUUCUGUCAGACUCCGCCUCCGCCGGCGCCGUCCGAUCCCCCACCUUCCUCCUUCACUCCCUCCUCCGACGCUCCCUCCUCGAGAUCCACGCCUCCCUCUCCCAAUCCACCGAUCUCCUCCGUCAGAUCAAUGAUCCCCACAUCCUUGAUUGCGUCGACCUCCUCGAUCUCUCCCGCGACCGCAUACUCAGCUCCAACGCUGCCAUCGCAGCCGGAUCCUAUGGGGAUGCUCGCACCUGGCUUAGCGCCGUGCUCACCAACCACGUCACCUGCCUUGACGGCCUUAAAGAUCCGUCGCCAUUAAAAGCUCAUCUAGACUCCCUGACGGAGCAAGCCAGUGCCGCCCUCGCCGUUCUCCGCGCCAUCACGGUUGAUGACGGCCAGUUAACAGAAACCGUUACAGAGUUACCCUCAUGGGUAAGUCCAGUCGGCCGGAAGCUUCUAGAGGCAACCUCGCUGGCAGCGAUAAAGGCCGACGUAACAGUGGAUGCAAACGGCGGCGGAAACUAUAAAACGGUUCAGGCAGCCGUUAACGCUGCGCCGGACAACGGGAAGGCUCGUUUUGUAAUUUAUGUGAAGAAAGGUACUUAUAAGGAAAAUGUGAUCGUAGGGAAGAAAAAGAAGAAUUUGACGAUCGUUGGAGACGGUCAGAACGCGACCAUUAUAACGGGGAGCUUAAACUUCGUUGACGGCUCCACCACUUACAACUCCGCCACAUUGGCGGCUAUGGGUGACGGAUUCAUACUUCAAGAUUUGUGCGUAGAGAACACAGCCGGUCCAGCGAAGCACCAGGCCGUUGCCCUCCGGAUCAAUGCGGAUCAAGCCGUAGUGAACCGGUGCCAAAUAAGAGCCUAUCAAGACACCCUAUACGCCCACUCUCUUCGUCAAUUCUACCGCGACUCUCUCAUAUCCGGAACCGUCGAUUUCAUAUUCGGCAACGCGGCGGUCGUUUUCCAGAACUCCAACUUACAGGCCCGAAAACCAAUGGCCGGCCAAAAGAACGCCGUCACGGCGCAGGGCCGGAUCGACCCGAACCAGAACACUGGGACUUCAAUCCAAAAGUGCAGGUUGGUGCCGUCGCAGGACCUUAAGCCGGUGACCGGUUCGUUUCCGACUUAUUUGGGCCGGCCGUGGAAAGAGUACUCACGGACGGUGGUGAUGCAGUCGAGUAUUGAUAAUCACGUGAAUCCGAAAGGAUGGCUGGAGUGGGAUGGCAAUUUUGCGCUGAAGACUUUGUUCUACGGUGAGUAUCAGAAUGAUGGACCGGGUGCGGGAACCGCCGGUCGGGUUAACUGGACCGGGUAUCAUGUGAUAACUGAUGCGAAAGUGGCCAACGAUUAUACUGUAGCGAAAUUGAUACAGGGAGAGCAGUGGCUGACGGGCACGGGCGUCGACUUCACGAAUGGUCUUUGACUGAUUCGAUCGGGAAAUAUAAGAUAUGCUUUUUGGUUUCCCUAUGUAAGGCGUGAAGGAGAGAGCGUGGAAGUUGGGGUAGCUCUUUUAUUAAGAUGCUCUGUGCUUAUUAAUUAUUAUAUUUUAGUAUUUUACCACUACUUUCUAUAUUAAGAAAUCUAUGUUUAAGUUUUUUU